GACUGAUGACAUCAUUGGAAACGCAGUCCUCGCUCUCUGACUUCGGAGAAGCUGCAGAUGAUGAGGGAUACGCCAAGCCCAGCUGUAGCCGAGCCUUCUUUCAUGUUUUCACCGAUGCAUACCAAGUAACGUUACAAUUGGGGAGUGUCCCCCUUGUUUUGCCCCUAUCCCUCUUCCACCCACCGCCCAGCCAAGAUGAGCAUGGAAGACUAUGAUUACCUGUUCAAGAUCGUCCUGAUCGGGAACGCCGGCGUCGGAAAGACAUGCCUCGUCCGACGCUUCACUCAGGGUCUCUUCCCUCCGGGCCAAGGUGCCACCAUCGGAGUGGACUUCAUGAUUAAGACGGUCGAGAUCAAGGGGCAGAAGGUGAAGCUGCAGAUCUGGGACACGGCGGGCCAGGAGCGGUUUCGCUCCAUCACGCAGAGCUACUACCGCAGCGCCAACGCUCUCAUCCUGACCUACGACAUCACCUGCGAGGACUCCUUCCGUUGCCUCCCCGAAUGGCUGAAGGAGAUCGAGCAGUACGCCAACAGCCAGGUGGUGACCAUACUCGUCGGGAACAAGAUCGACCUGUCUGAGAAGCGGGAGGUGCAUAGACACCGGGCGCAGGACUUUGCCGAGUCCCAGAGCAUGGUGUACCUGGAGACCUCGGCCAAGGAGUCGGACAACGUGGAGAAGCUCUUCCUCGACCUGGCCUGCGAGCUGAUCCGGGAGGCCAAGCAGAACAAGCUGGACAACAGUGAUGCCGCGCCCAUGCUGGGCGAAGGCAAGAACAUCAGCUACCUGAGCUGCUGCAGCAUCAACUAGCAGCCCCAGUACAGCCCUCCUCAGGGGGUCGGCUGGAGGACAACAUGGUCUGCCAUGGAGCAGUCAAAACACGCCCACCAACAAACAACCCCUCCCCCCUCCCCUUGGGGGCGAGAUGAGGCUUGAAGCAUCUAGGUGUUAUUCUAUCGCUAUUAAAAUCCCACCCUGCCUUUUCUAGAACCUCCAAAUUCUACCAGGGAUUGCUGGUGGUCUUCGAUUGGCCAGCCCGGGAACCAAUCUGUUAUGGUUUCCUCGUUGGGGAAACAAAUUGAGUGGCGGCCAUUUUGGAUAACAACAAUGUGUCUUGAACUGCAACAGGAUGCAAAAACUUCAGGAUAAUUUGGGGUUUCUCCGCAUGAUGCUUCGAAGGUUUCAUGGUUGGACAAGGUUUACAGACGUUCUGUGCGUGUGCAUGUGUGUGUGUGUGUGUGUGUUUGUGAGUGUGUGUGUAUGUGUUUGUGUGUGUGUGUGUGUGUGUGUGUGUGUGUGGUGUAGGACGAUUCUCUGGUGCUGCGGCUGAAAUACAGCACCUCUCUACUGUAGUUCAGAACCAAUCGCAAUGUUCACCAGCAGUGUUAUGAGUGCUAAACGCAGGGGAAAGUAUCAUGUGGUUGAAGUGUUUUGAUGGGGGAUGGUUUUAAACUGGGACGGCCAUCAGUUUAUUCUGACCUUCCAGUCCUUGGCUGUGACAUGUCAAGCAAGAUUGGGAUUCAAAAAGCGAACGUUAAACCUACGCUACUUAACCUUUUCCACUGUAGCCAACAUCUUUUGUUCAACGUUAUUUUAGAUUAUGAGCAUCGGAAAGAAAAAACGAAACCAACCAAGGAUUUUCUUCUCGCUAAAUUAAUGUG